AUGACAUCACAACAAGCUGAAAAAGGUGCAAGGAGUACAGAUCCUACUCGAAUUAGUUCUGUUGGUGCUGAUCGUUCAACAGGCACAUCAGGUCAAUUAGGAUCAGCUUCGACAGCUGAACCAGAAGGUAGUUCAGCCUUGGGUGAUUCUAAUUUUGCCGGUAUGAGCAGCAUAAGUCCAGCAUCGAAUCAACGACAAAAGUCUGACGACAGUACAGCAACUGGUCAAGGUAUGGGUGGAGCAGGAGAAGGACAAGGAGGAGCCAGUCAACCAUGGAGUACAUCAUCUGGUGCACCAUAA